UCUCGUCUGUCUUCACUGAAAUCCAAAAUCAUAUCAAAACUAUGGCGAUGUUAAGAAUUAGGAAAAGGAGCUACUUUGGGGUUUGGACCUUUCCAUUAAUUGUGGCUGUGGUGUGUGCACAAAGUGUCAAUGACCCUAGCAAUAUGUCACUGGUAAAAGAAACAGUGGAUAGACUGUUGAAAGGAUAUGACAUUCGAUUGAGGCCAGAUUUCGGAGGUACGCCGGUUGGAGUGGGAAUGAAUAUAGACAUAGCCAGUAUAGACAUGGUAUCUGAAGUCAAUAUGGACUAUACAUUGACCAUGUAUUUCCAGCAAGCUUGGCGGGACAAACGACUGUCCUAUUCGGAGAUCCCCCUCAACCUCACCCUGGAUAACCGCGUGGCCGACCAGCUAUGGGUGCCGGACACGUACUUCCUCAACGACAAGAAGUCGUUUGUGCACGGCGUGACGGUGAAAAACCGGAUGAUUCGCCUGCACCCUGACGGCACCGUGCUGUAUGGACUGAGGAUCACUACUACAGCUGCGUGCAUGAUGGACUUGAGGCGGUACCCCCUGGAUGAACAGAACUGCACUCUGGAGAUCGAGAGCUAUGGCUACACCACAGACGAUAUCGAGUUCUACUGGCGAGGCGGGGACCAUGCUGUGACGGGAGUGGAGAGAAUAGAGCUCCCUCAGUUCUCCAUCGUGGACUACAAGCUCAUCUCCAAGAACGUGGUCUUCUCAACAGGGUCCUAUCCCCGGCUGUCCCUCAGUUUCAAGCUGAAGAGGAACAUCGGAUACUUCAUCCUGCAGACGUACAUGCCCUCCAUCCUGAUCACCAUCCUGUCCUGGGUCUCCUUCUGGAUAAACUAUGACGCCUCCGCUGCCAGGGUGGCUUUAGGAAUCACCACUGUGCUGACCAUGACCACUAUCAACACGCACUUGCGAGAGACCCUUCCCAAGAUCCCCUACGUCAAAGCCAUAGACAUGUACCUGAUGGGCUGCUUUGUGUUCGUCUUCCUGGCGCUGCUGGAGUACGCCCUCGUCAACUACAUCUUCUUCGGCCGCGGACCGCAGCGCCAGAAGAAGGCAGCCGAGAAAGCCGCCACCGCCAACAACGAGAAAAUGAGAAUGGAGGCCAACAAGUGGUUGGUGGGAAAUGUAGUUCAGAGAGACGAUGCUCUGUAUGCAAGAAUGAAACAGAGGGAUAUUGACUCUCAUGACUCCAUGUGGGAACCGAUCUUUGUGGAGGAUGCAGCGAUAGGACUAGGCGAGCAAAAGAAUAAGAUGGACCCCCACGAAAACAUCCUGCUGAGCACGCUGGAGAUCAAAAACGAGAUGGGGGCGUCGGAGCUGACCCUGGGCCUGGGGGACCCGCGCAGCACCAUGCUGGCGUACGACAGCUCCACCCUGCAGUACCGCAAGGCGGGCCUGGCCCGGCACAACUUCGGACGCAACGCGCUGGAGCGCCACGUGGCCCAGAAGAAGAGCCGGCUACGGAGGCGCGCCUCCCAGCUCAAAAUCACCAUCCCCGACUUGACUGACGUAAACUCUAUCGACAAGUGGUCGAGGAUGAUUUUCCCCACCGUCUUCUCCUUCUUCAACAUCGUCUACUGGCUCUACUACGUCAACUAAGGGCCGCGGCGUGAGCGAACGGGGCCACCGCCAGAAAAAAACGCCACUCCUCUUUUUUCUGAUUAAUUUUACAACACAAGCAAGACUUUGAAUUACUACAUCCAAACUAAAUUCAGGACUGACUCCAUUCGACCCUGGAACACCUUAAUUGCUGGCUAACACAUAAAAACCUUAGGCGUGAGAGAGAACGAGAAUAUUCCUGGUGCCUGUUCCAGAAUUUUAGUUAUGUCACCUAUAGUUUACACAGCGGAUCGAGUACUUCAGAGUUUGUUUGCAUAUUAACUUUUUUUUUAAUUUUGUUAAAUAUAGGAAUGAAUUUUGUAGCUAUGAUUGAAUAUAGAUAGUUUAACAAUUGCAAGAGGACAAGCAUAGAAUGGUUUAAAUUAAAUCAUCCUAAAAAAAUAGAUACAAGUGCACAUAUCAAACAAGUAUUAACAAAUAUGUCUCUGGUUCAAGAAAUCAAAGUAACAACAAUUUAAUAUUAGCUAUAAAUUAAUACAUAUGUCUUUAUAUUGCCAAAAUGUAAAUUUUUACAGUAUGUAGUUUAUAAUUUGAAACAUGCCAUAGAAAGAAAGACAUGUUCACUAAACCUUUGUUCUAAUUCAGCAGAAUGAUAUCAGAUAUUAGUAAUGUUAUGCAUUAUUUCAUUUCAAAGAAAUAUUUUCGGUUAUAUUAGGAUUUAUUUGACAAUCAUUUUACUUUACACAUUUGCCAAACGGAGUUGACAGAAACAGAUUGUAAAAGAAGAACAUCCAAGGGCAUCAAACGUGGCAUUCUCUCCCCUGUGGGAUUUCACAUUUAGUAUAAACGCUCACUGGACUAACUGCAGCUUAUACAUUUCGUCAUUCCACCAAUCGCUGGUUUUGAAGGAGGCAUUAGAUCAUGUUACUAUAUAUCGUGGAAAAGCGUGAAAGAAUUCUACUUUAUCCAAAUCCAAACUGAAGUAGAUAAAUGCUGUUGCAUUUCAUUCUAUAAUAAUUCCAUGAAUCUUAAAGUGGUACUGUAUUUUGAUUGACCAGAUUAUCUUCAGGACGAUAGAAGAUUAUUAAAUUACCAAGAAAUUGUUUAGGCACGUUAGUAUGUGCUUUUUUUUUGCAGGCUGUACCUUUAAGACCGGAUAAGUGUAGUAUGAAAUAUUGAAUUAUUUUAUCUCCUGGUUGAGUGUUGGAGUGGCAUGUAUAGAAUGAAAUGGAAUGCACAGACUUUUGUUUCUGACCAAGCAUCAGAUGACAUUCAAUGACUUAUGAAACAGAGCCAGCAGUUAAGGCGUGUGCUACAGCCAUUUCACUCCUACUUACCAACCAUAGCAAAGCCUACCUUCGACAUUACCUUUCACAAUGAUCUGUAAAUAUCUAUUGUAUAUGAUUGUUUAAAGUUACGAUAUGUAUUUCAAUUUAAGUGAGGAUUCAUCCAGCAUAUUUUUGUGUUUACAUAAGGAUUGGUAUGUUUCUAAUAAGUUAUUUCAGGAAGCUGGUAAAGGGCCAUGAAUGGCUUAUGCCUUUUCAACAAAUUCGUUCAGACGCAUGUCUUUUAAAAUGGCAAUUGAGAAUCAUAGCAACGUGGAGAGAAUCUGAAUCGCUUUCACCAACAUUUCCUGGCCAUGAAAUAGACAUGGAGUAUCGAAGAAAAUUCAUCAUCAGAAGGAUUUUUUUUUGUCCUUUGACAUUCAUCUUUUACUUCUGUUGAAAAGCAAACAGUAUUCACAAGAAUCCCGUCCUUCCUUCCUGCAUCUGAGUAUGUGUACUUAUUUAUCUCUCAUUUACAUGCCUCACGUACCACCACAGACAGAAACAGUUUUAAAGGCAAACUGUUCUGAGACUGCAAUGCGUAAAAGCACAACAAUGCUGUGUCUCAACUGGAAGAAGAACUUGAAAGGCGUGAUCUUCGUUUUGUUCAGUCCUUUAGAUUAUCUUUUUUUUUUGGUGAGCAGUGCAUUCCAUUAACAUUUCAGUCGAUAUUUUAUUUUUUAUUUUUGUUGUUUGACGAUUUAGCAAAACUCCUGCUCAAAGGUUAGUAAACUGUAGCCUCUUGUUCUUUUUUGGACUUCUGAAGAACCCUUUCUCUGACAAAGUUACUUUAUUAUGAAACUCAUUUCAAAUGUUGAGAAAUAAUAAAUGUUACACAAGAGGAACCAUCAUAGACACAUGAUCACAGAUUUAUUCAUACGAAGCAAUAUUGUAUUUUAGACAUUUCCGGAUGGGAAUUAAGUACAAUAGUGUAGGUGGCAUCUUGGACUGCAGUUGCCAUAAACCAAACUUUUGCACACAAAAAGUAACAAAAGCCAUAGUGCUCCAACAACAGGUUCUAGAGACAGGCCUUCCUACAGUGUCCUCAGUGGGGCAAGCAACAGCAUUAGAAAUGAAAGAAAACUGUAAUUACAUAAAACUUCUAUCUUUAUUACUUUUGAACUCUAACAAAAAGCUAAAAAAUAAAACAGGGAAGUUAAAUGCACAAAAUGUAGAAACGGUAAUUUCUGCUAUAAUUUACUUUGUAUAUUCAAUGACCCUUAGACGAUUGGUAACAGCUCAAUGUAGAAUGUCUUUAAAGCAUCAUUAGUUAAUUUCAAAGGAGAGGCUAGAGUCAACGGUCCUUGCAAGUUAUUAAUAAAAUCAAUAGCUCACGUGAAAAGCAUUCCCAAUUACAGACCCUAUUGUUUUUGUUAGUGAACAUGCACAUUCAAUUCUAACCCAAGUAAAUAAGCUGUGUUGUGCAUUCUUUUAUCUAUUAAUUUCGUGUUUAUGAUUAUUUUUACUGAAUUCUUUCCACCGAACACCAUCAGUCUAGCUGGCCAUCUUAUAAAUACAGAAAUGAAAAUGUCAGUCUUAUAGACACCUAAAAUUACAUGACAGCACAAAAACAAACAUAAUUAUUGUUUUGCAGAAAAGGGUGCACUUUUGUUAAGUUGUUUCAUAUGCAGUUACAAAUAAAUAACUAAUUAUUGUUCUUUUUUUAUUGAUUUGUAGCAGUAGUACAAGUGAUAGCAGUCAUUGUAGUCUUAUGUAACAUUUUUAUAAGAAUAUCACUAAGAAUACACAAAACUGAUUGAUAGCAUCAUCAUGAGGAAAUUUUUACUCAAAUUUUCUUAAUCAUUUGUCACAUAUCAAUGCAAGGCUUCACAAUCAUAUGUAUAUAUUUACAUACAUAUAUUGUUUUAUUAGAAGUUCAAACACUCUAUUUUAAGGUGUUACCAGAUCAUCUAAGUUCGUAUAUGUUAAUUUCAAUUGAUAGCUUACGAGAGUUAAAAAAAGAUAAUGAUCUUAAUAUUGGUGUUGUAAAUUUUUCAGGGGUGGGGGGGAGGCAGGGCUUUAACUACUGUGUUCCAAAACAUGUUGCUAGUUGUAUAUAUGGAAUAAUUAAUAAGUAAUCAUCGAUUGGAACAGUAUAUCUUGUAAAUAUUAGCAGAUUUCUUAAAAAAACAAACAUUUUUAAACUUCCUAAUUUGUACUUUACUGUAAGGAGAAUGCUGGCGUGACAGGACAAUAAUGUAAAUACUAAUGAGUGUCACUUGAAGACUUAGUAAAACAAUCAUUCCUUGUUUUUUACCAUAGCAAAAUAAUGACUUAAACCCUCAUUUUCUUUUCUUUUGCUAAUCAUCAAAUUUAACGGUAGAAUGUAGUUCACUAGCCACGCAUGCACACAUACAUGCAGACUUACAUGCACACGCAUUUACAUACUGACACACACAUACGCGCGCACACACACACACACACACACACAUACAUCAGUAAACACACAGGUGUGUAAACACGUGUACGUUCAUUCAUUCUCUAGUGUAGAACGCUAAUGUCUGACUGGGCCUGGACUUAAGCACCGCGCCCCUGCCUCUGAAGCUAUGAGAUGUUUGAGGUGAUAACAGAUGUAUUUUAUAAGUAAACACAUGGACACCCACACAUCUGCAUAACUAAAGAGCCCAAGGGCAUGAAGGGUGUUAAAGUCUAUUGGGUUUGUAUUAAAUCAGUUAUAUAACUGUGCAAUUUGACAACACAUCUGCUAGCCCGCAUAGCCAAUGCUCAGAUUUUAUACGUAAGCAUUUGUGCGGCAAGACAUGUUAAUGUAAUCUUUUUGCUCUAACAAAGGGAGAUGGACAUGGGCUAUUUGGUCUGCCCAUGGACACUGUGCCCAAUCUGUAUGUGUGUGUGUGUGUGUGUGUGCAUAUGUGUGUGUGUGUGUGACAGAGGGAGAGGGAGAGGGAGAGCAUUAAUGCUACAUGUACAACUGUAACAAAUGUUAGCUUCAGACAUCUUUGAAUAUAUUUCCUUUGUACCACACAUUGCAGUUUGUUGCCAGUAUUCUUGCUAUUUUUCUGUCUUCUGUGAAUUAAAAUGAAUACCCGUGAUGAACAGUGAGGAGGGAGUGACAUCGUCGCCAAAAAGACGCGUCUUGGUGCCAGUGUGUUUUUGCACAGAUGUUUACGGAUGAAGCCUUAGCCCUCGUACCUAGUGCUUUCCCCUACAUGGCACUGAAAUGAGAAAAUUAGCUAAAAACAAUGAAACGAAAAGAGGUACCCAAUCAUAUCUGAUAAGGGCCAGUGUGGCUGCAGGUUUGCUUUAGCCCAGCACUAAGGCCCCUGAUUCUACUCAUCAAGGUCUUGAUUAAGGCCAUGAUUAGCUAAUUAGCUAAGUUGAAUCUGGCGUUGUAGUGCUGGGCUAAAACAAAACAUGUACCCACACGUGUACCCACACUUUUUCGGAUAAUAUUGGGGACCUCCGGACUAAAAUGUCACUAAAUGUCGUAUGGUUUCCCACUGCUGAAUCCACGUGUUUCCUGUUGCUACCCUUCAGAAGAUAUUAAGAGGUACAGCAAUGCACAUCUCCUCCAUUUGGCUUUUUCAUAUCUCAGCCGAAAUAACAUUCCGUGUCAUUCUCCAUGGCUACCGCUAUCCUGUCUGUUGCUGUGCUAAAUUUUAUGUCUCAGUUUAGGAUAUUGGACUCAUGAGUGGAGAUGAUAUGUUAUGGUGCGGGGGGAUUAUUUUGAAUUUAAUAAAAAGCUGCACCUCCAGUGUUGAUUAAGCGCGUCUCAGCUAUUUUCAUUGUUCAUUGAAAAGAGGAAUGAGUUAUGUCGCCCCCUACAGGGCGGCGCAUUGGUACUGCCAUUUCUCAUGUGGCUGUCAAUCCCCACCCCAUUGACGCCCAUUAACCCACCACAAGCCCAGAAGCCCGAAAGGCUCUUAGCUUCUGUACUGGUGCAGCUUCUGACAUGUGGAUCAGUGGGAACCUUCGGCUCACGUAGUCCACACCACUGAACGCCUGUCACCACCUGAGUAUAUAUAACAUCACAUACAAAGCUUCUUUUAUUCUGUGUAUACUGAGUUUUUUAUUAUUUGUUUUUUUUAUUCUUUCUUCUCUGUUUUUUAUUUAUUUUGUUGUUUUUAAACUGUAGUUUUCAUUAGCCUUACUGAAGGAUACCUUGUAGCCUUUCUUGUCUGCGCUUAAUGCUAAUCCUUUUUCGAAGACAAGGGUGUGAGAUCUGAAAGAGGGUGCCACCAUUUUGGAAUUUGUGUCCUCCCAGAUUUGCCAAGGGCUGGAAUAGAGAGAGCUGGUGAUGUGUUGAGUGUAAAUGAGUCAUGUCAUGAGAAAUAUUUUCUGAAAUACAACAAAAAAUAUUCUAUAAAUUAUAUAUAAAUAAAUUACAUAUACAAAAAUAUAUUGCAGCCAAUUUCUGCAUGUAAAUACAAACAACUGUUGACUAGUGUGUAAUUCCUGAAAUUGAAAUAAUGCAAUAUAAAUAAAAGAUAUUUAACUGAA